UUAUUAUUAUUAUUUAAUUCGUUAAAUAUCUCUAUAGUUGAUUUUGACUAGCUCCGAUGUUAAUAGGAACUAUUUUAUUUUGUCAAAUUAUUACGAUGUUAGGAAAAAAACUCAAUUUACGUAGUAGAUAUUGACUAUCUUGGAUAUUAUCAGGAACUAAUAUGUUUGUCAAAUUUUUGCGCUCUUAAAAAAAGAAAUAUUUUGAUUUACAUACUAAAUUUUGACUAGUUUAAAUGUUAUCAAUAAUUUUUAAAUUUUCAGAAUAAAAAUUCUUUGAAUCAUAUAAAAAGUUUUGACCAGCUUAAAUGUUAUCAGAAAUUGCAUUAUUUGUAAGUGCUCAAUAAUAUGGAUUAUGCAAACAAUGAGCUGAUAAUUUCAUAAUUAGGUUUCUUUGGUGUACAAAUAAAAUUGUAUUAUACUAAAAACAUGUAUCGUGGAAUUGUGAGCUCUAUAAUGAAGAAUAUUUUUUUUAAUAUUGAAAUUUUCAAAUUCCUUUCUUUAUUGUUAUAAAUAAAUAAUGAACGCAAUAAUAUCUUAAUUUGCUGGUGUUUAUCAGCUUUUAAAUGCUUUUACUGCUAAAGUACUUUGAAUAAACAACUCUUACAUCUUUGAAUGUAAUACUGUGGAAAAAUAUUUUCGAAAUAGAGCAAGAAAUAUCAUUUCUGGUAAGUUAAAAUUUCAAAUGCUUGAACAGUUUAUGAUAAAAAGGAAACCACGAAUAUUUACGUAGGACAAAAUAUUAUUUGGCGUCUUUCAAAUCUUGUACUGUACAUUGUACUAGUAACAAAACUUAAUUAUUUUUGUAAAAUUCUACAUUUAACUCUUUACUAUAGUAAGAUGAAUGAAAGAAAAGCUGUUAAAAUGAUAAUCAAAAAAAGAGUUAUCAAUACAAUACCAAGUUCCAAACAUAAAUAUUUGCUCCUUCUAUUCUAAAAAUGGAGCCAUCUCGGGAUGUGGGAUGCCAAAAUUCGAUUGAAGAAUUAUCGAAAAACAAUUCGAGAAAAACAAAUGAUAAUUUUCACCGUCGUGAAUAUCGUUCGCAGUCCGUGGCCAGUCCAGACCCCCGAAGUCCAUAUUUCACGCAUCGCUGGAUACAGACUUCGCCGAAAUCCAGGCAAAAUUCUCACCUCCACACUUGUUGCAGGAAUGAGGAAAAAAAGAAAUCGGUAAUGAAAGGUUCGAUUCCAGGAUUGAAUCUAUCACCAAAUAAUCCAAAAACAGCCACUAUUCGCCAACAUUAUUAUCCUGAAGGUGGCUGGGGUUGGAUAGUGCUGUGUUGUGCUCUUAUAGUACACAUUCUAGGCAAUACUGUGAUCUUAUCAAGUGGAUUCUUCAUCGUUGAAAUACGGAAUCAUUUUAUGCAGGGACAGAAAUCUAUUGAACCAGUUCUCACGGCUGUCACCUCCACAGGGGUAUCAUACGUUUUUUCUCCACUUGUGAUCGCACUAUGCAAAAAGAAGAGUACUCGACUUCUUGCCAUGUUUGGCGGAAUUCUGACGUCUCUUGGCUGCCUCUUCACGUCUUUCGCCACCCAACUCCACCAAGUGUACUUCAGUUAUGGACUCAUGAUCGGGGCAGGUGACUGUCUGACCCGAGAGACAUCCUCCAUCAUUCUGGGAGAGUACUUUAAAAGGAAGAGACAUCAGAUACAAAUGCUCUACCACAUGGGAUAUGGAAUAGGUGUUGCUACCAUGCCUCUACUUUUCUCUCACUGCCUCAGAUAUAUGGGGUGGCGACAGGGUCUUCAGGUUCUGGCUGGUUUACAAACCAUCAUCAUCGUGACUGCCAUAUUUUUCCGACCGGCAUCGUUGUACCAUCCUCAGAGAAGAGCCAUUCUACACGUGAAGAGUCUGCAGAGGAGAUCGAAAGUGAAGGAUAAGGCACCAGUGGUCGAAAGACAUCGUUUGCUAGAUUUCUCCGUCCUCAAGUCCAAAACUGUUCGAAUUCUGAUUCUCGGAUCAGGAAUCAUCGCGUUCGGUAUUGCAUCACCUUUUGUCCUCAUGAUAGAAGAAAUGAAGAAUGAUGAACUAGAUUUGAAAAGCAUGUACUAUCUGCAAUUAUAUUUAGGUGUUGCAAUAAGCUUAGGAACGGCAGCAUUUGGCAUUAUAGUGAUAAAAAAUAGUGAUCAGUGCAAUAUUGCCAGGCAGUAUUUAUGCCAAGCAUCAGCUUUUGCGAUCAGUGGCUGGCUUGUUGCUUAUCCAACAUUGAGCAACUUUUACGGAUACCUUUUAUUUGUGUGGAUCUAUGGGAUUUUUUACGGAGGAUACAUUUAUUCUUUAAAACUAUGCGUUUUCGAGAAAGUUAGAGCCAGAAAUUAUGCCAAUACUUGGGGAUUUCUUAUUGGUUACCAAGCAUUACCAAGCUCUUUAGGAUUGCCAGUAAUAUAUUACAUAAAUGAGGAAUUAGGAUUAAAGCGAGGCUAUUAUGUGGCUGCCAUCUUCGUCUUUAUUGGCAGUAUGUCUUUGUUCCUGAUUGACAUCUACAAAAAGAAGCAAAAGAAAAAGAAAGAGGCAGCUUUGAACGCUGAAAAUCUUCUUCAAAAAGUUAUAAACCAAAGAAAGCUUUCCCAAGAAACCAUUCAUAGCUUAGCCCCUCCGAUCCAUUACGGGGAUUUGAGAAAAGCACAAGAGCUGACGUGUAUUUCUGAGGAAAUACUGGUGGAUAAUUUUAUGGAAGACUAUAUAGAAGACUGCAUCACAUCCUGCAAUAAAGAAGAAAAAUUCUUGAUGUUAAGUGAGUUUGAAAACAACGUCAUUAAUUCCGAUGAGCGUGGCUUCCAAUCGCAGCUAGAAUCUUCGGACUCAGAUGCACUGUUUUAUUGUGAAAAGUAUCCUCCACCGUUUCUGUUACCUCGUAAUCCGGUCAAAGCUGUGGAUAACAUCGAAGUUAUAGAGGAAGUAACUUCGUCUGUGUAAUUUGUACUUGAUGUUAGAACUUCAGUCAGUUCGAAAACGUCAUCAGAACGGGUGGCUUACAAUCGCAGCUUGAAACUUCGAACACAGAUGCUCUAUUUUAUUAUGAAAAGUAUCGCCAACCAUUUUUAUUACCACGUGAUCUGUUUAAAUCUCUGGAUAACUUUCAAGUUACAGAGGAAAUAACUUCGCCUGAGUAAAAUAUACUUUACCAAGGAAAAAAAAUUGACUCUAUAAAUAUUAAAAGACGACAUUUAUGCAGAAAGAUGUAAAAUCAACGUUUUUUGAACAAAUAAAUAAAAACAGAAAGCAUUA